AGUAAUCCCUGUCGUCCUUCAUAGAAGCAAGUUAUAUUUUAUUUUCCUGGUAAAACGUAAUUAUUGAAAAAAAACGUUUUCGUGGAGUUUCAAUGUGCUCUGAAUGCUAAACAAAAUGGCCUCGAUGUGUAGGGAUAGCAGGAGAUAGACAAACGACACAAUGGGAUAAAUCUAGAAUCUAGUGGGUGGGUGUUUAUUUUUUUGGUGUGUGUGUUUUUUUGGUACUUUUGUGACGUCGAGAACUUUUAUUUGUGGUAAAUGUAAAUUGUGAAGUGAUAUCAACGAAUGUAUUCAAUGGUGUUGAUAAAAAGGACAUCAUUUAUUCGUUCAUUUAGUAGGACUGUCGGAUAAGAUUUGUUUACAGUAUCUAUGGUUACUAGGCAGAGAUUGUAUACAUUGAAAUAUCGCUCUGGUCAUUUACUGCAGGCCACCACAAUGUUUGAGAGUCAUCGAAAACAGGCCUGCUGUAUACAUAAAAUGUCUGGUGUAGACAUAUACCUUGUAGUAUGAAUGAUGAUGAAUCAACAUGAGUCUAAAUAAAAGAAAAGCAGAAAGCAUUUUUGUUCUAGUUAGUUUCCUAAUGACGGCAUAAGGCAAUCUAGAUCUAUAUAAAUCAAGGGAGUCAAGAGUUAUAGAACUGACAGGAUGUAAACAUGGGGAGUCACAUGAUGUGUUUAGUGGUUUUCGUGUUUGGCCUCUUUAGCUGUAAAUGUGGUUCCGGAGAUCGGUUGUGUCCCUUGGAUUCCCGCGACGGCCUUGUCUCUGUCAUCUGUGCAGGGAAAGUUCACUCUAGAAGUUCUUCUUUCCUAAACUGGACCAUCCAAACAGUUGACCAAAGUGAAGAGCGAACGGGGCACAUUGUUUGUAACAUUAAAACUCAAUGGUGUUACUUUGAUGGCUCUAAAGAUGUGCAGGCCACGCUAAGCGACUUUGAUGGCUCUAAAGAUGUGCAGGCCACGCUAAGCGACUUUGAUGGCUACAAAGAUGUGCAGGCCACGCUAAGCGUUGAGGGUGAAACCUUCCUGAGCGUUUUGACAUUUAAGCGCUUGCCACUCGACCAGGAGGCGACUCGCACAACUUGCAUCUUUUGGGACAAAGUUGAGACCAGCGCCAAGAGCAAAGUUGCUCUCUGUGCCGCCAAGGUCGCAGAGAGCACAAAUGUCCCUCGUUGUACUGACCUGUUGUCGCGGGUCAGCGGCUUGGAGCUUCGUUGCAAGGGGCAUGGGUCUUAUUGUUUGGCGCUGGAAGGAAUCGAUCCAGUUCUGAUCAGCCCUAAGAAAACCGGAGAUGAAGCUAGUACAUUGUGGAGCCCCAGCCCCACGACAUUCUGGACCCACAGCGGCGCUUCCUUGACGUCAUUAUCCACUUUAUUGAACUCUGUCUGCAGGAGAUCUAAGGAAUCGCCCGCGCAAGGAAGAACAAGAUACCCCGGUACCGUUUUGUCUUGGCAGGAUAGAGUGGCCGAGCUCAAAACGAGACGCUUGCUUAGAAGAUCCUUGAGAAGUGUUAAUAAUUCAUGCAAGCCCGUCUUCAUGUUAAGAAAUACAACGUACAAUGCAACGAACAAUACAACGAUCGAUUGUUAUGAAUUUCCGAAUUUGAAAAACGACGAUACUCUAACCUGCCAGGUUAAGGGGACCGAUGUCAAUGUGACAUGCUACAGCGUCCUUAAGAAUGAGACAAAGUGGGGGAUAUACUCCUCCCCAUUUCUUGUCAAAAAUGUCUACGCCGAUUAUCGAGCAUUCUGUCUAUGUUUUAACGUCCAAGAUCCCGAAUGCGGUAAUGCCACUUUGAGUUUAAACCAAUCCUGUACACCCGCGUACACGAAGUAUGACGUCAUGGUAACAUUGUACUACGUCGUUGCUGGCGUAUUGUCUGUCGUCUGCUUUAUUUUUGUCUCCAGCACGUGCAUCUACGUCUGCAGAAAUGGCUCCGUGCUUUACUCGUACUACUACUUCGAUGUUUACAGGAGAAUCAAGAGGGAGCUCCGGGAAAGACCCCAACAAAAAGGGGCUCCACCCAUUCCUCCUCCACGCCUUCCUCCCCGAGGAUCCAGGGUACGCGGACGUUUGGAGGAGACCAGAUUCGACGAUAACCGUGGACUUCCGGAGGCUAGAGAACUGUGUUCCCGUGAAAUGUCCGUGGCUAGAGUGGACAAUGUUCGUGGACGCUCCGAAGUCAGAAUGGGCAAUGUUCGUGGACGCUCCGAAGUCAGAGUGGACAAUGUUCGUGGACGCUCCGAAGUCAGAGUGGACAAUGUUCGUGGACGCUCCGAAGUCAGAGUGGACAAUGUUCGUGGACGCUCUGAAGUCAGAAUGGACAAUGUUCGUGGACGCUCCGAAGUCAGAGUGGACGAUGCACGAGUAUGCCUGCUGGCGAGAGAUGUCCCCGCAAGAAUCGAAUACAACCCAUCAACUGGAUCAUCUUUUGGUUGGACGCAGGACGAUGUUUUUGAAACAGGCUUUGAACAGCGGGAGCCGAACGAUACCGACAGGCUCAACACUUCUGCGCGUUGUCGUAGUGAUGAAGACGGCUAUCUUAUUCCAAGUGCGGUUUCCUCGAUGGAUCAGUGGACUGCGGUCGACAGCAAGUACCUGAACGAAUGCGAAUGCAGAGCUCCGCCUCCGCUUCCUUGCAGAAGACCUACCAAAGGCCAGGAGCUGGUCCUUGUUACAAAGACUAAUUUCGACUCUGAUACUUCUGGGGUUUCGAUGUCUAUUUUGAAAGAUACUGAAGACUAGUAAAAAUAAAAAAUAGGAGAUUUGUGACAGAAAAAGUGGGGGAGGAUUUCAAUCUAAGUGUAACUUCUAGAAAAAAGUAUACUGAAAAAUAACAGUUGGUUGCUGUCCUAUCUAUGGUGCUGUCACAUCUCUAGUGUUGUCACAUCUCUAGUGUUGUCACAUCACUGGUGUUGUCACAUCUCUGGUGUUGUCACAUCUCUGGUGCUGUCACAUCUCUGAUGCUGUCACAUCUCUGGUGCUGUCACAUCUCUGGUACUGUCACAUCUCUGGUGCUGUCACAUCUCUAGUGUUGUUACAUCUCUGGUGCUGUCACAUCUCUAGUGUUGUGUCAUCUCUGUUGCUGUCACAUCACUAGUGUUGUUACAUCUCUGGUGCUGUCACAUCACUGGUGCUGUCAAAUCACUGGUGUUGUCACAUCUCUGGUGCUGUCACAUCACUGGUGCUGUCACAUCUCUGGUGCUGUCACAUCUCUGGUUGUCGUCACAUAUCUGUCACAUAUUUCUACAAAUCUCUUCGCUGAGUUCUAGGAGCUAAAAAGUGGAAUAGUUUGUCAGGGAUGUCACGAUGUGAGACACUAAAAGAACGUGAAAUAUAUUAUACCGUUCUCGUGUGUCCCACCACUAGUAUGAGACUUUUAUUUUCACUACAGUAAAAAAAAACGUUAAAAAAAAGGUUGCAAUGCAUUUGAAUAUAAAAUAUGAAUUGAUUUUUUAAAAUUAAAUACCACAAUGACAUAACUCACAAACUUAGUCAUUGAGUAGUACUGUACAGUAUACAAUGUACUCCAAAAUAUUCCGAUCCGCUCCUUUGUACAAGUUUCAAGACCCCUGGGAGGACUUCGAUGAACACCUACAAGUUUGGGAUACAGUAGCCCAAGCAAUUUAUUUUCGUUGUCUUUUAUUUUCAAUGUAGAAGUAAUUAUUGUUUUAAUAUGUUCGUUAAUACAGUGUGCGGAGGCGCGGUGGCUGAGCGGUAAAGCGCUUGUUUUCCGAACCGAGGUCCUGGGUUCGAAUACUGGUGAAGACCUGGAUUUUUUAUUUCGGGAUCUUUGGGUACCUCUGUGCCCACCCAGCUCUAAAGGUACCUGACAUUAGUUGGGGAAAGCAAAGACGGUUGGUCGUUGUGCUGGCCACAUGACACCCUCGUUAAACGUGGACCACAGUAACAGAUGACCUUUACAUCAUCUGCCCUAUAGACCACAAGGUUUGAAAGGGGAACUUUUAAUACAGUGUAUGAAAGUAACUUGAUGUAACAAGUGUGUUAUAUAAUGUAUUGCCUGAUCAUGGGGUUUGCGGUCGUUUCGUUUGUCCCGGGUUCAAACCCUGCCCGCUUCCAGCUCUCCGUCGUCCUGCGGGAGGUUUGGGCUAGGAAGUAGGUUAUGGGUUAGGGUUAGGGUUAGGGUUAGGGUUAGGACAUUUUUAGAAACGCAACUGGUAUUAAAGAUAAACUUCACGCAAGUAGUCACAAUUGUAGGUUGGUACCCCUUUCAGACCUUGCGAUCUAUAGGGGCAGAUGAUGUAAAGGUCAAGUUUUUCUAUUGUCGACGGUUACGCUAAACGACAGCUAAACAACCAACCGCCCUAACUGACCCGAGAUUAUAAGGUUUCCUUUUAGAGUAUUUUUGACUAAGUGGCGUCCAAAGAUAAAUCCCGAACUUAAAUUUUCCAUUCUUCGAAAGGAUUCGAACUUGAGACGUUUCAUUUAGGAAGCCAAGAGCUUUACGAGUCGAAACGAAGCCCCUACAGUAGUUGCAAGAAACUGUUUUAAUCCGUCCAGUUGAUUUGUUGUCCUUUAAGUUGUAUUUGUUUCGUUUAUUUUAUUUCCUGUAAUAUAUUACCUAUUCCUAUUUUUUUUAUAUUUGGCAUCUUCAACUCUUAUUCCGAAGAGUCGAUGGAACGACCUUUGGGUUGUGAACGGGACCUGUUUUAAUUGCAUAAUAUAAGGAGGGUGCCAAGGAGGUUAAGUCCUUCUUGCUCAUCCCGUAGCACCAAAACGCUAAUCAAAGUGACCCAUAUUUCAUAAGCUAUUUUAGAGAAUGGGAGAUAAUGGAGGUAAACAAUAUGUAGACCUCUAUGUUUGAACUAGGGAGUUGCCGCUGUAUGUUAUACAAAUUCAUAUCUAUGAAUCAUAACCAUGAUUAGUUUAAUAAAUCUUGAUUUGUAUUGUACCUCUUGCUGGUACGGUAUUUCUGGGCAGACUACAGUCAGAUCUCACAGAUGCCAUUUAGUGGUUUUCUAGGUUUGUCAUGAAAGGGCGACAACUUUCAAGCCGUGUAUGAAACUAUUAUACACAAUAAGAGUAAUUAGAUUUAAUAUUUUUAUUUAGUAAUUAUAUUAAAGAUGGAUAUUAAAAAUGCAUAAUACAAUUCUAAAAUUUCUUGAGGUUAAUUAUUAUUUAAAGCAUUUUUAAUUGAAAAAAAUAUUAAAGCUCAAAAGUAACUAUUGAAACAUAAACAUUGCAUAUAAAUAAUUUGAUUACCAGAAUUUCUGUAGUUGAGAAUAUUGACGUCUUUCAUAAUGUAGUUAUACUACACUUUCAUAAAUGAUUGUUUGUGUCUUUGGUGGUACUCUCAUACCUUAAUCUUACGAUAAGAUUAUUAUACCCUUGACCUAGUAACUCACCAUAAGUGCACACGUCGGCACAUAUCAGACAUUUACCACGAGUCUCUCACACAACUGCUAUUGAUUCAUUUGUUAUAAUGUUACUGGAACUGAUUACUGCUACAUGCGCCUAUAUAUAUAUAUAUAUAUAUAUAUAUAUAUAUAUAUAUAUAUAUAUAUAUAUAUAUAUAUAUAUAUAUAUAUAUAUAUAUAUAUAUAUAUAUAUAUAUUUAAUAUAUAUAUAUAACGACCUUGUCAUUUGUAUAUUUACUUAACCAUGUUCCGAAAAAAAAAAAAACAGUUAUGUAAAAACAUAGUAAGAAGUUGGAGAAUAUAUAAAAUAAUGGUUCUGUGUACAUUUUAAAAGACCACUCAAAACUUGUAACUUAAUGGUUUGAGACCAUAGUACUCACCAUUGUGUGACAAAUCUUAUACCGUAUCACAACUUUUGAUUGUUACAGGAAUUAUGGAAUAACAAAACGAAUCAAAUCUUUAGCUCACGCACGAAGUAUAAUCAAAAUCACAAUUCAGAAAAAAUUAGUACAGUCUACCUUAGGACAGGCUACCUUGGUACAGUCUACCUUAGUGCGGGCAACCUUAGUACAGGCUACCUUAGUGCAGGCUACCUUAAUGCAGGCUACCUUAGUACAGGCUACCUUAGUACAAGCUACUGAGCUGACACAUAUAUAUGUUACGGUGUGUAUGUUUUGAGUUGUCUUACAUUCACUUUAAUGGUGCCGUGCACAAAUUGUGACACACACUUCCUUAAGGAGAAAAACGUUUGUUAUAAUUACUAUUAUUAUUUGUAUUACGUUUUGACAUGAGGAAUUAAUGAUAUUCUUGUUUCAUUGAAGCACUGUACCGCUUCGUAUUUUGACCAAACGAAUGUUAUGCAUAAUGUGAAUAAAUGAUUUGUUUGCGUUACAGAAA